GCCCGUGACGUCAUCCCAGUUGUCUCUCCCUUGGCGGCCCCUUGGGGGCAGAGUUCUCAGGCAGUUCAUGAGCCCACGGGUAACCUCAGACCAGUAAAGGUGACUUCAAUGCCGCCAAGCGCCCUCCGAAUUGGCAGGCUCCAGAGUUUAAAUACGUCCAAAUUCGCAGGCAUAAACCCAGUCCAUGCGGGAGGCAUUGUUUCUACUUAUUCCGCGUGCUCCUGUCCAGAACGGUUGUGCAUCCCUCGCUCAUCAGCGAUCUACGCAUAUUGUCUUGUACAGUUUGCUUUUCAACCCACCAUCGCCGCCUCAUACCCUAGUUAACUAGCGAUACCAAAAAUUCACCAUGGAUAUGACCGCGGAUGCGGUACCGGAAGAGUCUCAGGGCAAGCAGCAUGAGCUGGGGCAAAGGCUCAAGCUCCCCUUCCACGAGCUCAAGGAAAAGCUCCAAAACAGCCAUUACCUGCACGACGUCAAAGUUCACCUGAUACACCAAAAGCACAAGAUCGGCAAGUUUGCAAAUUUGUGCAACCCCCGGCACCGGCAUGACGAGGCUCACGAGAAAGCCUGCGACGAGAAGCGCAGCAGGAUUGCAGAUUCCCACCGCUUCCAGUCCUACUUUCCCGAGCGAGACGGGAACAUGGUGAAGUGGUAUGUGGAUGGCAGAGACUACUUCUGGGCCGUGUCAGUGGCUCUUGAGAACGCUAAGGAAACCAUCUACAUCGCCGAUUGGUGGCUAUCGCCUGAGCUGUUCCUUCGCCGCCCUCCGUACUUCAACCAGGAAUGGCGUCUCGACCAGGUUCUCAAGCGGCGAGCCGAGGCCGGGGUGAAGAUCUACGUCAUGGUCUAUCGCGAAAUCGAGGCCGCUCUCACCUGCAACUCGGAGCACACCAAGCACGCCCUCCAAGCCCUGUGUCCAGAGGGCUCCCCUGGCUUCGGCAACAUCAAGGUCAUGCGCCACCCGGACCACAACGUCCUGGAGAACGCGGCAGACAUGACCUUCUACUGGGCGCACCACGAGAAGCUCAUCGUCGUAGACUACGAGUUGGCCUUCAUCGGUGGUUUGGACCUCUGCUUUGGCCGGUGGGACAACCACCAGCACGCCCUGUCCGACAUGCACCCGGAAGGUGUCAACUACGAGGUGUGGCCCGGCCAGGACUUCAACAACAACCGCGUCAUGGACUUCAAGAACGUCCAGGACUGGAAGCAGAACGAGCUCAACAAGGCCGAGUCAGGCCGCAUGCCGUGGCACGACGUGUCCAUGGGCCUGAUCGGUCCUUGCGUCUAUGACAUUGCCGAGCACUUUGUCCUUCGCUGGAACUUUGUCAAGCGGGACAAGUACAAGCGGAACGAGAGGUUCGAGUGGCUCGAGCUGCAAGGCCGUCGGGGCGGAGACGAGGACCUCGUUGGCGUGCAGCGGCCCGUUCACCCGGUUGGGGGGUACAUGCUUCACCCCCUCUCCCCCCUGGAGACCAAGCAUCUCGAGAACCGCGGGUCCGUUCACGCGCAGGUGGUUCGCUCCAGCACUGACUGGUCGAGCGGCAUUCUCACGGAGCAGUCCAUCCAAAAUGCCUACAGCGAGAUUAUCCGCAACGCACAACACUACGUCUACAUUGAGAACCAGUUCUUCAUCACCGCGACCGGCGAACACCAGCUGCCGAUCCGAAACACUGUGGGGAGAGCUAUUGUGGAUGCCGUGCUGAGGGCUGCGAAGGAGGAGCGCAAGUUCCGCGUCAUCAUCCUCAUCCCGGCCAUCCCAGGCUUUGCCGGGGACCUGCGAGAAGACGGCGCCAUUGGAACGCGAGCAAUUAUGAACUAUCAGUACAGGUCGAUCUGCCGGGGUGAACAUAGCAUCUUCGGGCAGAUUCAAAAGGAAGGGGUGGACCCCAGAAAGUACAUCUUCUUUUUCAAUCUACGCAGCUACGACCGCCUCAACCGCACCUCGUCCAUCAAGAAGCAGGAGAAGGAGUCGGGCGUCAAGUACAGCGAGGUCCAGCGAGCGCACGCCGAAGAGGUCAUGGGCGAAGGCAUGCACGGGACCAUCGACGCUCAAGGCGGCCGGGACUCCCACACGGGCAAGGAGCGCCAGCAGCGCAAGCAGCGGCCGACGGUCAACGGCGAGUUCCAGGAUAACCUCGACGAAGAACACCGCCCGGCCGGUGCGAUGAAGCAGAUGGACGCCAAGCGGCGAUUUGAAGCCGCCGCCACGGGGGAAGAGUCCCACGGCGACCCAGCCGCGACCGUUGCCCACCACGCCAUGGCCGACCAGGACCCCGUGUCCGCCGUGCCGUGGGACGGCGACGCCGAGGACGAAGUCAACCACUGGAUCCAAGAGGAGCUCUACGUCCACGCCAAGGUGCUCAUCGUCGACGACCGCAUCGUGGUCUGCGGGUCCAGCAACCUCAACGACCGCAGCCAGCUGGGCUACCACGACAGCGAGCUGAGCAUCGUCAUGGAGGACGCGCGCCGCUUCGCGUCCACCAUGGACGGCAAGCCGUUCGCGGCCAGCUGGCACGCGGCCACACUGCGGCGGUACCUCUGGCGCGAGCACCUGGGGCUGCUGCCGCCGCAGGACCACGACGCCGGCAACGACCCGGACGCCCAGCCGCCGGGCGACGACUCGCCGAACGACGUGCGGGACGGCGACGACGCGUGGAAGCUGGUCGCGGACCCGCUGAGCGACGAGCUGUGGGAGCUGUGGACGUCGCGGGCGUCCACCAACACGCGGGUCUUCCGGCAGCUGUUCCACGCCGAUCCGGAUGACCACGUCAAAACAUUCGACGACUACAACGGCUACCUGCCGGCCAAGGGCGUCAAGGCGGGCCACGUCUUCGACCGCAUGUUCCCGCCGGACGAGGUCAGGCAGAAGCUGGACACCGUCAGGGGACAUCUGGUCUGGAUGCCGCUCGAGUUUUUGCGGGACGCGAACAUGGCCGAGAAGGGGCUGCAGGUCAACCAGUGGACCGAGAGCGUCUACACGUAGCGUUGGCGGGUAAGAUGGCGGUGUAAAGCUGAUUGGGUGUGGAUGUUCCGCAGGAGUCAGUCUAAGGUACUUCACUCGGCGUUUGGUUCCAUAAUCAAUAGGCCGUAAUUGCAUUCAUGGAUGAUGAGUCUCAGCCAUUUCCUCUCCUAUGUGAUUAGGUUCCUCCCAUACCGAGUCCAUGACUACCUACAGACAAAGCUCCGAGUCCAGCUUACUGUCGUCUUGGAAUGCAUGCUGCAUCGGCGCCG